GUAAAACAACCGAGUCCAUCUUUUUUAUUGUGAGAAACCCACAACGGCGGACAGAGUGAACUAAAAUAACGUCGUCUGGCAACAAAAACCCAUUUUCUUUCAAAUCUUCUGGCAUCUUCUUCAUCUGUUUGCCCUUAAUUAACAUUUGAUGGCGGUACUUUCUUUGUUAAUGCGCGCCAUCUGUCGGUCAAGUCGCAAGCUCAUUUUCCAAUGGCGGCUACCGGAGAAUUUCAGCCCGUGAGAGAUAACACAACAGGAGAUUUGUUUUUACCGGCAUCUCGCAGGCCAGAUGGAACUUGGAGAAAACCAAGAAGGGUGAAAGAAGGCUAUGUGCCACAAGAAGAAGUUCCUGUGUAUGAGAGUAAAGGGAAACAAUGGGCAAAGUCACUACCUGCCUAUCCUGUGGGUAUGAAUCCUGCACUGGCUGCCGCUCAGUCAGCUGCACAGAAUAAAUCCAAAAAAGGUGACCAACCUCUGAUACCUGGGCUACCACCAGCAGCACAACAAGCUGCCAAGAAGAAGAAAAAGAAAUCUAAGCCAGAGGUUGAAGUCAAGGAGGUAACUGGCAAGCUGGCAGGAUUCACCAUCCAAGAACCCAAUUUUGGAGUCCCAACUCGUGCACCAAAAGAACCUACUAAAACCCCAGUCGAAAGCAGCACUGCAACAACCAGUAGUGCUACUGACCCAGCCAAAAGGCUUAAAAACUUAAAAAAGAAGCUCAAGGAUAUUGAAGCCCUUGAAGCUAAAGUAAAAAGUGGAGAGCUGAAAAAUCCUGACAAAGACCAAACAGAGAAAAUCAAGAGGAAAAAAGAAGUUAUUAAGGAAAUCAAGGAAAUGGAAAAUUUAAUCAAGUGAUGUUUGAUAUUGGACAUCACAAUUCUCAAAAAUCAUUGUGCAAAAUCCAUUGUUGAUGAACAUUUUAUUAACAAUUAAUACACAAAAUCUGAAUUCAA